ACCGGGGACAAGACACCUGAGCGCGGGCGGGGCCGGGAUCACCGACCGCCGCAGCCGCCCUGCGGCCGGGGGGCGCUCCCUUCACCCAGCCGGCUGCUGCCACCGGCCUGUGAGUUCACAACGGGGCGGGCUGAGAGCGGCUGAACCGAGCGGCACCGGAGACACGCUGGUGCGGACGCUGCCGUCGCCUGCAUUGCCCGCGGAGUCCGGUGUCCCGCUGAGCGGCGACCGCGCAUGCGUGGUACCAGCCUCACACCGCCCCCCCCGCCGCGAGUCGCGCCUGCGCAGUGCCGCCCAGGAGCUGUCAAGCGCCCCCCCCGCCCGCUCCGCCACCGCCUCCCCGCGCGGCGCCGCUCGGGCCAUUUUGCGGCGCGAUGAGGCGGGAGCGGCGGUGAAGCAGCAGCGCCCGGCCCCGUCCUGUUCCUCUCCGUAUUCCCUCGCCUCGCCCUGCCGGGGCCCGGCCCUCCGUGAGCGGAGAGCUGAAGGGGAAGAGGAGCCUCAGCCAAAGAACAGAGAGACCCCAAACGUCCCCCACCCGCCCCUCAGCGCCGGCCCUCGGCGGCGCGGCGGAGCCAUGAGUUGGGGCACGGAGCUGUGGGACCAGUUUGACAACUUAGAAAAACACACGCAAUGGGGCAUUGAUGUUCUGGAAAAAUAUAUCAAGUUUGUAAAAGAAAGAGCAGAGAUUGAACUCAGCUAUGCAAAGCAGCUUAGGAAUCUUUCGAAGAAAUACCAGCCGAAAAAGAACUCCAAAGAAGAGGAAGAAUACAGGUACACGUCAACUAAAGCCUUCCUAGCCACUUUAAAUGAAAUUAAUGACUAUGCUGGACAGCAUGAGGUCAUUUCAGAGAACAUGACCUCUCUUAUCACUGGAGAGUUAACACGCUAUGUGCAGGAGCUGAAACAAGAGAGGAAAUCGCACUUCCAUGAUGGCAGAAAGGCACAACAACAUAUUGAAACCUGCUGGAAACAACUUGAAGCAAGUAAAAGGCGGUUUGAACGUGAUUGCAAAGAAGCUGACCGAGCACAGCAGUAUUUUGAGAAAAUGGAUGCCGAUAUCAAUGUAACAAAGGCAGAUGUUGAAAAGGCGAGACAGCAAGCCCAGCUGCGACAUCAAAUGGCAGAAGACAGCAAAGCGGAAUAUUCUUCCACUCUACAGAAGUUCAACAGCGAGCAGCAUGAUCAUUACUACACACACAUACCAAACAUCUUCCAGAAAAUACAAGAGAUGGAGGAAAGAAGAAUCGUGAGGAUAGGUGAAUCCAUGAAAACUUUCGCAGAGGUUGACCGCCAAGUGAUCCCCAUCAUUGGAAAGUGUCUGGAUGAGAUAACAAAGGCCGCAGAAUCGGUUGAUCACAAGAGUGAUUCACAGAUGGUCAUAGAAGCCUUUAAAUCGGGGUUUGAGCCUCCGGGAGAUAUUGACUUCGAGGAUUUCACGCAGCCGAUGAAGCGGACGAUCUCGGAAUCCAGCCUGUCCAACUCCAGAGGGGAUGGGAAGUCAGAGCCGAAGUUUGGUAGCAAAUCCAAGGGCAAGUUAUGGCCAUUCAUCAAGAAAAAUAAGCUUAUGUCCCUUUUAACAUCCCCCCAUCAGCCCCCUCCUCCUCCCCCUGCCUCUGCCUCACCCUCUGCUGUUCCCAACGGCCCCCAGUCUCCCAAGCAGCAAAAGGAACCCCUCUCCCAUCGCUUCAACGAGUUCAUGACCUCCAAACCCAAAAUCCACUGCUUCAGGAGCCUAAAGCGCGGGCAGCAGGCACAGUCUUUGUAUAUUCACAAAGAACUCAUGAAGAGGACUUUAGGGACACCCACGUGUGCCAUUGAGGCUAGGGAAUAUGUUCUUUCUCUCAAGCUGAUAACUCUGAAUACACAGGUCUGGAGUCUAAUAGAGGGAGCAGGGCCGGAAGACUUCAGCAACCUGCCACCUGAGCAACGAAGAAAGAAACUUCAGCAAAAAGUGGAUGAACUGAACAGAGACAUUCAGAAGGAGAUGGAUCAAAGAGAUGCCUUAACGAAGAUGAAAGAUGUUUAUAUCAAGAACCCACAGAUGGGAGAUGCAGCGAGUGUGGACCACAGAUUAGCAGAACUUGGACAGAACAUUGAAAAGUUACGAUUAGAAGUUCAGAAGUUUGAGGGCUGGCUGGCGGAGGUGGAGGGCCGGCUGCCCCCGCGGAACGAGCAGGCGCGGCGGCAGAGCGGGCUGUACGAGGCGCAGAACACAUCGGCCGUCAACAGCUGCGCACAGGACCGGGAGAGCAGCCCGGAUGGCAGUUACACAGAAGAGCAGAGUCAGGAGACUGAGAUGAAAGUACCUGCCACGGAUUUUGACGAUGAAUUUGACGAUGAAGAACCACUACCCACCAUAGGAACAUGUAAAGCGCUCUAUACAUUUGAAGGUCAGAAUGAAGGAACAAUUUCUGUAGCAGAAGGAGAAAUGCUGUAUGUAAUAGAAGAAGACAAAGGCGAUGGGUGGACACGAAUCCGAAGGAACGAAGAUGAGGAGGGCUAUGUCCCUACGUCAUAUGUUGAAGUCUAUUUGGACAAAAAUGCCAAAGGUGCUAUGACUUAUAUUUAAUACUAUUAUUAUUAUUUGCUUUCACAGAGAUAUACAACCCUGAAACUGCUCUGUGUUGCAGAUGAAGCCUUCUUAAAGUCUGUACAAUGCCACAAGGUGCAUUGUUUUGUACAUGGACUAAUAUGGCUUGCUGUACUGCAAAAUGUGCUUGUUUUUGUUGAUCAGAGAAGGGUAGUGUGGUAGACUGUAAACCUGGAGGGGGAACGCAGCCUUCCCUAGACAGUGCUUGUCCAGGCGUCGCUGCCAUUGCACACCCAGCUCAGUGCAGGAAACACAAACCCGUUUGGAAUAACGUGGGCUCUCAGACAUCCAGGUGGCAUCUCAGACACAUUCACAGGUCAGCUGUUUGUCCCAGUGGAAUGUUAUGUAGGAAACACUUAGACUGUGAUUUUGUGUCUCUGUUUGAUGGUUUUUCAGAGCCUAAUGUAUUCUGUGGAGCUUUCCGCUUGAAACUUGGUUGUCAUUUAGUUAGUGUGUUUGGAAGGAGAAGGAGAGAUCUUGACAAAACCCGUCUACGCAGAACUUUGUGGUCCUUGAUAAAUCAGUAAAACAUUAAGAUAGAUCCUCUAUUCUUUCCCACCUUGAUACAUUUCAGAUGUUAUUUGCUGUUGCAGGUGACCGUAACUAAUGGUUUAAUCUUUGGUCACGUGAGAUCAAGGGAGACAUUCAGAGCUCAGGCUCUGCAAUCUUCUGGUGUUGCUUUUAACUCCUCACCAACAGGUGUGUUGUGUAAGCAGUGGUGCUGCAGGGGAAUCCUGGAUGGAAUAUCUGCUCUUCCAGCUCUCUGGACACCUGCUAAUGUAAUAACCCAGAAAUUGAAAGAUUUUAGUCCUGUUUCAAAUCAGGAUGUUUUUGAAGUCCAUUGUUAAAUAAUUGGUGUGGGGUUUUUUCAGUCGCUUAAUCCUUCAGAUUAUUGUUGUGUUUCCUAGACUUUGGAGUUCUUGGUGUGAAACAAGUUGCCUCAUCCAAUUUAAAAGAAAACUGAACUCCUCUCAUUGGGAUUUAGGGACAGUAGGAGGAGAGGAAGGACUGUCCAUAAACAAACACUACAACUUGAUCAGUCUCAGAUUCAGCAUCACACAGCACUGUGCCUUGUCUGCUCCAGAUGGAAGUCCAGGAUCUUGUUUCAUUUUGCCAUAAUAGGGUAGUUCUGUUUGUGUUGGCACACACAGAGUCAGUUAAAUGCAGGAGUGUGAAAACCCCAGCCCCUCUGUCAGCUGUUUAUUCACCACUGAAAGAGGAAUUUGCCUUGUACGUUCUCCUCACUUUGUGUUCAGAACACGGCAGAAAGCCCAGGAUGGGAGAUCCUGUCUUAUCCCCGAGUUCUCUCCUGUGGAGAUCAACUUGCUUAGCGUGUGGCAAUAGUUGAAAGCAAUGUGGAAAGAGUUGGAAAAUGUGGUGUUCAGUGGUGUAGGCUGCUUGAAACGGCCAAUAUAGUCUGGCAUCUAAAUCUGUCUUAAGCAGUAGGCACGGCUCUGCUGCCCUGGAUACGCAGCGGGGUUCACAUCCGUGGGGUGUUACGGCAAAUCGCGUAUUUAUGAGCAGAGCAGCAGGUUGGGUGGGAGAUGAAGCAAAACACGUCUCUGGGUGGGGUGAGAAACUCCGAUGGUCCUGCUAACUGAACUCACCAAAGUUUGCCUUUAAAUUACCCCUCUGGAGAGAAUGUUGCAGGUGUAUUGCAAUAACCAGCCAGAAAAGUCAUAUUAGCGUGUUAAUGGUAUUACGUUAGUUGUAGGACGAUGCUCAGUGAUGGUGAAGAUGCAGUCUGAGCUGGGAGUGAAGGCUGGUACAGCUGCAGCAAAAUCAAAUGUAUCUGGGAAUAUCUAAUCUAAAGGAACCAUAAUAUUCACCUAUAUUAUUUGUCAAUUCUCUAGUUAAAAAGAAAAUCUCAAAGAGAACUUUCCAUAAACUGUCCCAGCAGCAGUAUAAAGAUCUGGGGGAAAUGCUGCUGUGUUGAAAAGACAAACCUUGUAUCAAGUAUCUAAAAUGGAAACGAUGAGUAUCCUGAAAAUGACACUGAGCGCUAAAGCAUUUACAAACUUUGGUAGCUCUUUCCUGGUUUUGGAAAGCAGCUCGAGCAUCUCAAGGUUCGUUUUGCGUGAUGGGCGGGAGGAUUCGCACCAGCUCCAAGUGCAUUCGCGGCUCUUGGAGCCUGCAGAACCGAUUCUGGCGCAGAUGUAGGCUGUGUCUGUGCUGUGAGCCAGAGGUGGCUCUGCCUGCAGAAAGCGGCUGGGAAACACUUUGCGAAAAGCUGCUGCUGAGCUUUUCCAGUCAGGGCUUUGCUGUCGAACCCGAGGCGAGCAAGACAGGUAAGUCGUGUGCUGCGGCCAACCAGGUCUGCAUGCCCUGCGCAAGGGCUGCUGGUGAGCUUUCCAGCAGCCCCUCCACUCAGAGCCUGUUAGCAAACCCUAGCACAAAAAAGAACAGUAACGUCUAUCUUGUUUUGCCCUUUUUUUUUUCCUAAAUAUGUACAAAUCACUUCAUAAAAAUCUCUGAGUAGGUUUGCAUAGGCCUGUUCAUCUUUUAUUCUACCGAUUUGCUGCUACGGUUGUUUUAAGAGCUCUGUUUCAGAAGGUUUUCUUUAGAAGAGAUGAACGCACGUGUCUUUUCUCCAGCAGUGACAGACUGGGUUAGGUACUGUGUGCUCAGCUGCUGUGUAAGUUCACCUUGAAAUUUAAAUGUGUGUCGCUACCCAUGAAAGUUCUGGCCCGACUGUACGAAUUUAGUUAUAAACAGUGUUAUUGUCCUUCCUAAUAUAAAUGAAAGCCAACACAGUUUGAAUUUAGUUGUAAACAGCAUUAUCGUCCUUCAUAAAUGAGAGCCAACACAGUUUGUUCUCUUUGCAAUUAUAAAUACUUAAAAACAGGCAGACUAAGAAUUGGAUCUGUUGGAUGUAAACUGAUGUUUUGGGGCUUACACCAACCUCUGAUUUUUAGGGAUGAGGAAAAAAACUCUAUGCACACGGAGGUGCAGCUUCUUGCAGGGCUGUUCUGCACCCAUCAAACCUGGUGCUGACAACUGUCCAAUACGAGAACUAGUUGGGUCAUUUUGUUCCAGACUGACCGUUCUGUGUUAUUGAAUUGGUACCUCAUCAUCUUCUUGGCAACAAAACCGUGUCUCACUGAGGGAUGUUGUGAAAUAGCGCGAUACACAAAAGAACUUGCGUGAAAGAACCAGUUUUAUAUGAAUUCUCCACUGCACCCAACAAAAAGUCCCCCAGACAGACGGGCUGUUUGGGUGCAUGCGAGGAAUAGAGGAAUAGAGGCUGUUUUGUGAAGUUAAACUUCGUGAAAAACAAUGUUGGAGCCAUGGGCUGAUUAGCGUUUCGGCUCCUCUGCCGCCGUGGGCCUGUUCCUCCUCACCCCGAUUAUAUACGUAAAUCCCUAUAGGCAGCUCUGAUUUCAGCCUCGCAGCUCUGCUGUUUGUUUGCUGUAACUGUUAUGCGGAGCUUUGACUUAUAUAAAUAAAUAAAUAGGCAAAAGUUAACCAUGCUGAUGCACUUUUUAUCUAGGAUAUAUCUGAUUAUUUAAUGCUUGCCAAAUUAUUUAGGGAACAGUAAUUAUAAACUGGACUGUGGCUUUUUUAAGAUCCUUUGUUAAAUACUUGCCCGUAGUUCUCCCAGUAUAAAAAAAUAAUUGUAUAUAACAUAAUUUAAAAACUAAAGUUACUUGAAUUUGAAUUGUUUUUAUCCUUUUAUAUAUGUGUAAGUAUAAAUGGGUUUAUAGGCUGUUCUCCUUAACCUAGCUGGUGUUUUGGUGGCUCUUCAGUCCCUCUUACGUUGAUAAGUGGUUUUGGUUAUUCAGCUGCCUGUAUCUGGUUGGACUUGCGUAGAAACUUCUCUUUUGUGUUAAGGUUUGUUAAUUCUGGCCAGUGUGAUUGUUCUGUUUCUGUUCUUAUUUUUUUAAAGAAUCAUCAUCUGUCAGGAAUCUCGCUAUAGCUCAAUGUACCAUGGUGUCGUCUUCUAAUAAACAUUAUAUUUUCUCA